AUGGGCAAAAAACAACAUCAACAAGAUAAACUUUAUCUUACAACAACCGAAUGGAAAAACUCCUUUGGUGGAUUCAAAGGUUUAACAAAAUCUAAUGCUGAUUUUCGUCGUUUACCAUUCAAUUGUUGUAGUAUAUCAUUUCAACCAGUUGAAAUUCCAUAUUGUACACCUGAUGGUAUCGUCUUUGAUCUUGAAUCUGUUGUUCCAUUUCUUAAAAAAUACGGUCGUAAUCCUGUAACUGGUGAAAAACUUGAAGCAAAACAAUUAAUAAAAUUAAAUUUUCAUAAAAAUUCUAGAGGUGAAAUACAUUGUCCGAUAACAUUUAAAGUUCUUACAGAGAGUUCAUAUAUUGUUGCUAUACGUACAUCUGGUAAUGUUUAUAGUUAUGAUGCAAUUGAACGUUUAAAUAUAAAAACAAAUACAUUUAAUGAUUUAUUAACAAAUGAAUCAUUUACACGUGAUGAUAUAAUAACAAUACAAGAUCCAAAAAAUUUAGAUAAAUUUAAUAUACAAACAUUUGUACAUUUAAAAAAUGAUUGGAAAUUAGAUGAUGAUGAUGAAAAAGCACGUCGUACAGAUCCAAAUUAUUAUCUUAAAUCAAUUAGUAAUGAAACAGCAGCAACACUUGAACAAAUAAAAACAACACCAUCAAAAGAAUUUCUUGAAAAAUCAGACACAAGUAUUUAUUCAUCAAAACAAAUAAAAACAAAUCAACAAAAAUUAGAUCAUACAAAUAUGGCAACAUAUUCAACAGGACGUUUAGCUGCAUCAUUUACAUCAACAUCAAUGGAUCCUGUUACAAUUAUGGAAGCAGCUAUACGUGAUGAAAAUGAUAUACGUUAUACAAGAAUUAAAAAUGCCAAAAAAAAAGGUUAUGUUCGUUUAGUUACUAAUUUAGGUGUAAUUAAUAUUGAACUUGAUUGUGAUUUAUGUCCACAAACAUGUGAAAAUUUUAUUAAACAUUGUGCAAAUAAAUAUUAUAUCGGAAAUAAAUUUCAUCGAUCAAUUAAAAAUUUUAUUGUACAAGGUGGUGAUCCAACAGGAACAGGUUAUGGUGGAAAAUCAAUAUGGAAUAAACCAUUUCGAGAUGAAUGUAAUCCAAAAUUACAACAUAGUGGACGAGGAAUGUUAAGCAUGGCUAAUUCAGGGCCAAAUACAAAUAAAUCUCAAUUCUUUUUUACUUAUCGUACAUGCAAAGGACUCAAUGGAAAACAUACAGUAUUCGGAAGAAUUGUCGGUGGUAUUGAAACACUUAGCGCAAUGGAAGCUAUACCAACUGAUGAUAAAGAUCGACCACAAACUGAUAUUUUAAUUGAAGAUACAAUUGUAUUUGUUAAUCCAUAUGAUGAAGUUGAUGCAGAAUUAAAAGCUGAACGUGAACGACAAGAUAAACGUGAAGCUGAAGAAGAAAAAAUGAAUGCAACAGUUCGUUCAGCAAAAUCAACAAAAUCUUCUACAACAAACGAUACUUCAACGAAUCAACCAUUUCGAUCUGGUGUUGGAAAAUAUAUUUCAAAUGAAUUCUAUACAAAUGCUAAAAGAGCUUCAGCAACUACUGAUGAAGAUAAUGAAUAUACACAAAAGAAAAAAAGAAAAUUAGCUGCAAGUAGUUCAAGUGGAACAUGGAGUUUUAGUCAAUGGUGA